AUGUCUUCUUCCCCACCACCAGCCUCAAAACCGGCACCCAAAUCCAUCCUCAAAAAAACCACCCACCAAUCCGGCUUCUCCCAACUGCCCUCACCCACCACCUCAGCGCAGCAGCAACCGAACCGGGACUACACCCCCCCGGCCCUCCUCCCCGUCUCCUUCCCCGACCUCGCCUCCCUCCCCACCGAACAGCGUCUCGCCCACGAACAAGCCCUCCUCCUCCAACGCCUAUCCCAAACCGAGCUCAAGCCCGCCAUCCCGCUCGAAACCAUCGAACUCCUCUCCUCCUCUUUCCCCUCUCUCCGGAGCCCACCUUCUUUGCAUCCCAUCAACAACCAGCCCCUAAGCGCCGCCAACCCUGCCCCCCACGACGUCACCCGCUUUUUGUCUCUAGUCAAAGACUUCACGCCCACGGAAUAUUUGGAGCUGAUCGAGGAGCGCAACUGUCUGGGUGCAUGCGGGUACGUGCUUUGUCCCCGCCAGAGAAGGGACUAUGAGGGGGAGUACAAGAUUAUCAUGCGGACGGGCAACAUUGCGCGGACGGAGGAUUUGAAUAAGUGGUGCUCGGAUGAGUGCGCGGUUAGGGCGCUGUAUGUGAAGGUGCAGUUGGAUAAUCCGAGUUAUGUGACGGAUUUGGAGACGGGGAGGAGGGUGAUCAAGGUUGAGUUGAGGGAGGAGAAGAAGCAGAAGACAACAACGGCGGCGAAGGCUGGAGGGGGAGAGAAAGAAAAGGGGACAGCGGAGGAGAAACUGGCUGCUGAUCUGGCGAGACUGGAUCUCAACAGGAAGGCCGAGAUUUCCGACAAGGCUGCGCAGAUGCAGAGGGACGCCGACGCUUUGGCGGUUGAGAGAGGCCAGGGCGGCGGGAAGCUUGAUAGGCUGCUAGCCGGUCAAGGUGUUGAAGUUACGAUCCGGGAGAAGCCAACAACAGGUCCGGCAAAAGCACCGGAUCACACCAAGGCGUCUUCUACGUCUCGGAAGAAGGGCUCGCAAGAUGCCCAUCAUAUGGUUGAAGGUCAUAAGCCUACGUUUGGCACCGAUGCCAAGAAGCAGGAAGCUGCGAAAAAGGAUGGUAGCGAGAGCGAAAGUGAAGGCAGCGAUGAUGAUGAUGAUAUCAAUGACUAUCUGUCGGGACGCUUCCAAAUAUCGAUGUAG